AUGGCAUCACUCUUAGCUAAAGCCAUUGUUAUUGCAGGUAUGCUCCUUUUUGGGACAUGCACUGUUGUAUUCCAAAAAAUGAUUUUCUCAAUUGAAGGAGAAGGACUUAAUGGAGAUGUUCAUUCAUUUGAAAAACCAUGGUUCCAAACUGAAAUGAUGUUCAUAGGUAUGUUUGGAUGUUUAUUUGUAUUUGAAGGAAAACAUUUAAUCCAAAAAUUCUUUGGAAAGAAAGCUGAAGAAGGACAUGAAACAAAACCAGGACAAUCUCAUUUCAAAACUUAUUUAAUUGUUGCUAUUCCAGCUUGUUGUGAUCUUUGUGCUACUGCUUUAUCUAAUGUUGGUUUAUUAUGGAUUCCAGCAUCUAUUUGGCAAAUGUUAAGAGGAUCAAUGACUAUUUUCUCUGCUAUUUUCACUAAAGUCUUCUUAAAGAGAAAAGUAUAUGCUUAUCAAUGGGUUGGUGUUGCAUUUGUAGCAUUUGCACUUGUUGUUGUUGCAUUCUCAUGUCUUAUGGCACCAACAAAAGAUCCAAUUAUUGUAGAAGAUGUUUAUGGUGAUUAUAGU